UUUUUUUUCGUUUGAAAACAAUAGCCAAAGUGAAUUUACAAGCAGCAUUGCUGAUAAGGAAUACGUGAUUAAUAUUGUCGACAUUUUUUUUUUAGUUUCGAAAUGGCUAAAGUUGAGAAAAUUUCUGGAUAUGAUGAAUUUAUUGCAUCAAUUGAAAAAUUAGCUGCAUCGGCUGACAAUGUAAACAUACUAUUUACGGGAAAAAAAGACGAGAGCGGUCGUUCUUGGUGUCCCGAUUGUGUUGAUGCCGAGCCAUACGUCAAUAAGCAUUGCAUUGAAAAUGCAGAGCCAAAUAGUCUGUUCGUUGUUGUUGAUGUCGGAGAUCGCACAACGUGGAAGGAUAUUAAGAACCCGUUUCGCUUGGAUCGUAAUACUCAUUUGAGCGUCAUUCCGACAUUGAUCAACUGGAAGGAAAAGGCAAAACGCUUAGAAGGAGACCAAUUAUGCAAACCUGAAUUGUUUGACAUUUACUUUGAACAAGACUAGAACAUUCUUCCAAUGGGCGGAUAUAUAUUUUUCUACGACACAAUGAAUGAACAUGUAAACAAAUAAUAUAAUCGAAACACCAUUUUCAUGCUAAAAAAAAA